UGGGGCCCCUGGGCAAUAGGGGCCCCCCUGGUCCUCGCCCACACCCAAAAAGGAAAAAGGAAAGUGAAUUCUAUUGUUCUUAUAAUAUUCAGUCUGCUACAAUUAAAAGGAUACAUUUCCUCAGUCUCUUCUACUCCAGUGAUGAGAAUGCAAUGUCACAAGCAGGUGUGGACUGACAACUCAUGGGGCCCCCGGGCAAUAGGGGAUCAUGGGGCCCCUGUGUCCUUGCCCAAACACAAAAAAGCCUAUGAAAAAGGUACCAGGGGCAUCUCAUGGGGCCCUCUACUGACCCCGGGCCCUCGGGCGGUGCCCGAGUUUCCAAAUGGUCAGUCCGCCCCU